CGGCGCAGCCGCCAUUUUGACGACGGGCACUUCCGCCCGCUCUUCCCUCCCACGCCCACUCCUCGCGAAGCCUCGCGAGAUCUCGCCGGGAAAGGGGCGGGGCCGCGGUGCCACGUUGGGCCGGAGCCGGAGGAGCCAUUGGUUGACCCAUCUCGCCUCACCGGGGCGAUGGCGGCAGCUGCCCGGACGCGGGGACUCAGCGUUGCCCUCACCGCCGGCGCCGUGCUGGCCCUCUGCCUGCUGCCGGUCCCCACCGCCUCGCACGAGGACCUGCACCAUGGCCACUCGCACGAGGGCAUGUAUCACGGGCACGGACACUCGCACGAGGGCAUGUACCAUGGGCAGCAUGGCCACUCGCACGAGGACCUCCACCAUGGGCACAGUCACUCACACGAGGGCAUGUACCAUGGGCACCAUGGCCACUCGCACGAGGACCUCCACCACGGCCACUCGCACGAGGGCGUGUACCAUGGGCACCAUGGCCACUCGCACGAGGACCUCCACCACGGCCACUCGCACGAGGGCAUGUACCAUGGGCACCAUGGCCACUCGCGUGAGGACCUCCACCACGGCCACUCGCACGAGGGCAUGUACCACGGGCAUCAUGGCCACUCGCAUGAGGACCCCCACCAUGGUCACAGCCACUCGCACGAGGACGCCCGCCGCCCCUCGCACGAGCGUCUCCCCCCGGAUCCCACCAAACCGCCGCCGCCGCGGACGGACACAGUGACGCUGUGGAUGCACACGAUGGCGGCCACCCUGGUGAUCAGCGCCGCCCCGUACCUCGUCCUCUUCCUCAUCCCGGUGGAGUCCAACGCCCCCCGGCACCAGGCGCUCCUCAAGCUGCUCCUCAGCUUCGCGGCGGGGGGGCUGCUGGGGGACGCCUUCCUCCACCUCAUCCCCCACGCUCUCGCGCCCCACGCUCACGACGGCGGCCAUGCUCACGCCGAGCCGGGCGGCCACGGUCACUCGCACCACGGCCAGGAGCACGCCCGCAUGCUGACGGUGGGGAUGUGGGUGCUGGCCGGCAUCGUGGCCUUCCUGGUGGUGGAGACCUUCGUCCGGCACGCCAAGGGCGGCCACGGCCACGGCCACGGCCACGGGGUCAAGGCCAAGAGCAGCUCCAGCGAAGGCGAGGAGGAGCCGGGGGCGGCGGGGCGGCGGGAGAGGACGGCCACCAAGGGCCACCGCGGCAAGAGCCGGCCGGCGGGGAAGGCGGCGGAGGAGUCGGCCAUGGCGGUGUCGGGGUACCUGAACCUGGCGGCCGACGUGGCGCACAACUUCACCGACGGCCUGGCCAUCGGCGCCUCCUUCCUGGCGGGGCCGGGGCUGGGGACGGUGACGGCGGUGACGGUGCUGCUGCACGAGCUGCCCCACGAGGUGGGCGACUUCGCCAUCCUCGUCCAGUCGGGCUGCAGCAAGCGCAAGGCCAUGCGUCUGCAGCUGGUGACGGCGCUGGGAGCGGUGGCGGGGGCCGCCUGCUCGCUGCUGGCGGAGGGGGCAGGUGAGGCGGCCACGCUGGGGGUCCUGCCCUUCACCGCCGGCGGCUUCAUCUACGUGGGCACCGUCUCCGUCAUCCCGGAGCUGCUGCGGGACGCGGGGCCCCUCCAGUCCUUCCUCCAGGUCCUGGGGCUGCUGGCCGGCGUCGCCAUGAUGGUGGUCAUCGCCCACUACGAGUAGGGGGGCCCUGGAGGGCAGGGGGGGUCCCCACCCCCCCCCCGUGUGCGCCCCAUUAUGGGGGCUUGUCUCUCUGGGGAGGGGGAGAUGUGUUUACCCAGACACCCCCCCCCUCCAGUUCUCUGGACCACGUUGGGGGGGUCCUGUGGCUCCCCGGUUUGUGGGGUGGGGGUGUCACUGUGAUUGGGGGGGCCUCCAGUGGUGGG